CGGGUGCACUGUCUUGCCUCCCCCUUUCUAUUUUGUCUACCAAACGCCGCCAUUCUCGCGGCCGCACUUGUCUUCAUCCUGCGGUCAUCAAGUCGCAGAUUCUCUGGAUUCGAUUCUCCUUUUCUUUUCGUGAACGAAACCAGCUUCCUCAAAGCCAAAUCUUUUUACCGGCAAUAAGUUUACUGCUUGGGUGAACUUCGUUUUCUCGCCUGUCAUCUCGGAGAUGUCGAGCUCCGCGGUAUAUUGGGUGAAUGCUUGGAGCGUACCUAUGGCCGGUCUCCAGCGUUCUUCGCGCGUGGGACUUUCAUUGCCAGGCCGCAGGAGUUGGCGUUCAUGUUCAUCUUGGAGGAAGAUUCUUGGUGCCUCCAUGGCGCUUCCGAUGAAUUUCGGGGACGGCCUUGCUUCCCUAGAAAGCAAUAGCUCGCAUGUUGUUGAGAACCCAGAUGAAGGUACAAAUGUCAAUGAUGAAAUAACCAACAUUCUUAUUGAGUGUAGAGAUGUUCACAAAUCAUUUGGAGGGAAGCAGAUUUUAAGAGGUUUGAGCUUUAAGAUUAGACAUGGCGAAGCUGUGGGAAUUAUUGGUCCUUCCGGAACUGGUAAAUCCACAGUGCUCAAGAUCAUGGCCGGAUUACUAGCUCCAGACAAGGGGGAAGUUCUUAUAUGUGGAAGGAAAAGACAUGGAUUAGUUGACGACGAGGAGAUAGCAGGUCUUCGAAUCGGCUUGGUUUUUCAGAGUGCAGCACUUUUUGAUUCACUUACAGUUCGUGAGAAUGUUGGUUUCCAGCUGUAUGAAAAUUCAAGGAUGCUACACGAUAAAAUAGCUGAGCUUGUCAAGGAAAAUCUGGCUGCUGUUGGGCUCAAGGGGGUGGAGGAUAGGUUGCCUUCUGAGCUAUCUGGAGGCAUGAAGAAACGGGUGGCAUUAGCCCGAUCUAUUAUAUAUGACAAUACUAAGGAGGCAGUUGAGCCAGAGGUACUACUAUAUGACGAACCCACUGCAGGAUUGGAUCCGAUUGCAUCAACUGUUGUUGAAGAUCUCAUCCGUUUGGUGCAUCUGAAAGGAGAGAGCACCACUAAUAGGCUCGGAAAGAUUGCAUCGUACGUUGUUGUUACUCAUCAACAUAGCACCAUUAGAAGAGCCGUUGACAGAUUGCUUUUUCUGUAUGACGGAAAGAUUGUUUGGGAAGGAAUGACUCAUGAAUUCACUACUUCCACUAAUCCAAUUGUUAAGCAGUUUGCUUCAGGGAGUUUGGAUGGGCCAAUUAAGUAUUGAAAAUAGUUUUGUCACUAUCAUCUCAACCGUUGUAGAUCUAUUGAAGCUCUUCUGCAGAAGAUUGCUCCAAUUUGCUUUCUGAGUGGUAUCAGUUUGUGCAAUUCUUUUGUGGGCAUUUCGGCACUUCCUAAGGUUAUGAGUGUAAGAAAUUCUUACAAAUGUAAAUACGUUAGAAAAGAGAAUAUUAUGAGGAAUGAAGAAGCCUAGCAGUCUUCUUCUUCUUCUUCUUCUUUUUUCUUUUCCAUUGAAAUAAUUUAUAACAGGUCUGAGGUUCAAGUAAUAUAUUCUUGAGCAGAGUUAUUGUCCAGAAAGGCAUUGAUGCUACCAUUAUAGUGAAGGUAAAUAUCUUCCCUUGUUGACAGGCAUCUGCUUAUGUUUGUUUAGUUGCCCAAAUCUAAAG